CAUCAGUUAAGGUAAAGGUGGUGCUGGAAAAGUUGCUGGGGAAGCCCUGAUGGUCCGAGCUUGUUCGCCGAGCAGUGGUUCAAGUUUCAGUUUGAGAUAUUUAUAAUUAUUUAUAACUUGACAGUCGUUCCGGAACCGACGGCUGCCUCCGACAGGACACAUUUUAAAGAGGGGAGCUAACACAAAUCUGCACAUUCCUGAAGUUCGGUGACUGUCGAGUUGGCAGAGAUGUUUCAGAUAAAGAGAAUCUGUUGCAUUGGUGCUGGGUAUGUAGGAGGCCCGACGUGUAGCGUGAUCGCUCACAUGUGUCCGGAGAUCACAGUGACCGUCGUGGAUGUCAAUGAGUCCCGCAUCAAGGCCUGGAACUCGGACACUCUGCCCAUUUAUGAGCCGGGUCUGAAAGAAGUGGUUGAAUCAUGCCGAGGCAGAAAUUUGUUUUUCUCCACAGACAUUGACUCAGCCAUCAGGGACGCAGACCUCGUCUUUAUCUCUGUGAACACCCCAACCAAGACCUAUGGGAUGGGGAAAGGUCGCGCGGCCGACCUCAAGUUCAUCGAGGCGUGUGCUCGACGGAUUGUUGAGGUGUCUGACGGCUACAAGAUUGUCACCGAGAAGAGCACGGUCCCAGUCCGAGCUGCUGAGAGCAUUAGACGGAUAUUUGAUGCCAACACCAAGCCCAGCCUCAACCUGCAGGUGCUGUCAAACCCAGAGUUCCUUGCGGAGGGAACAGCUGUGCGAGACCUGAAGGAGCCAGACCGCGUCCUCAUUGGUGGGGACGAAACAGCAGAAGGCCAAAGAGCGAUCAGAGCGCUUUGUGCCGUCUAUGAGCACUGGGUGCCCCAAGCACGGAUCAUCACCACCAACACGUGGUCUUCAGAGCUGUCUAAACUGGCAGCCAACGCUUUCCUGGCACAGCGAAUCAGCAGCAUCAACAGUAUCAGUGCUCUGUGCGAAGCCACAGGAGCCGAUGUGGAGGAGGUAGCCAAAGCAAUUGGUAUGGAUCAGAGAAUAGGGAGCAAGUUCCUCAAGGCCAGCGUAGGUUUUGGUGGAAGCUGCUUCCAGAAGGAUGUUCUGAAUUUGGUGUAUCUCUGUGAGGCCCUCAACCUACCUGAAGUGGCCUCCUACUGGCAGCAGGUGAUUGACAUGAAUGAGUACCAAAGGCGGCGGUUUGCCUGCAGGAUAAUCGACUGCCUCUUCAACACUGUCACCGGUAAAAAGAUCGCUCUGCUGGGCUUCUCUUUCAAAAAAGACACAGGUGACACAAGGGAGUCCUCCAGUAUCUACAUCUCUAAAUAUCUGAUGGACGAGGGUGCUAAGCUGUUCAUCUAUGACCCCAAAGUUCUCAAGGAGCAAAUCAUUCAUGACCUUUCCCAGCCCAACAUCUCAGAGGACAACCCAGAAAGAGUAUCAGAGCUGGUGACUGUGACCUCAGACCCUUAUGAAGCCUGUCAGAGUGCACAUGCACUGGUCAUCUGCACUGAGUGGGACAUGUUUAAGGAGCUGGACUAUGAGAAGAUUUACAAGAAGAUGCUGAAGCCGGCCUUUAUAUUUGAUGGCCGCAGAGUGCUGGACCACCUUCAUGCUCCCCUGCAGGACAUCGGCUUCCAGAUCGAGACCAUCGGUAAGAAAGUGGCUGCAACACGGAUCCCUUACACCCCAGCAGCCGUGUGUCCUCGAAUCACUGCCACAGAACCUCCCCCGAAGAAACCCAAAGCCUAAAACUCCCCCACACACACACAAACAACACAUUCCUCUCUCAGCCUUUUUUUUUUUUAUUGCCGGUGAAACAUUUCAUUCAGUCCAACCCCCUCUGCUACUGUGCACACCUCAUCGUCAACUAAUUGCUCCCCUGCAGUGGGUUGAAUGGGAGGACGUUGAGUGAAUGUGAGUAAUGAAUGUGUUCGACUCCCUGGAUGAAGAUCAGUGAUAAACCAUCCAGACACAUAAAUAGUUUUAUACAUUUUACUGUUGGGAAGCAUCUAUCAACCAAACAUUUAAGAUGCUUAUAUCAGUCUGCCAACAGUUUAAACACUAUCAACAAAAUCUGCUUUCUUACGGUACAUAUAUACAUGUAAUCCUGUAUUGUUGCAAAAGUGCAAAAUUUUAUACUAUUUGCAGAUAUUUUUAUAAAUCAUCUUACUGUAUGUACUGUAUUUGUCCUCUGCAUCAAUUAUUGUUUACUAUAUGCACCCAUGCAAUAAAAUGUGAUGCGUGUCCUUUAAAUUGUGCCUGUUGAUUUAUCCAAAUCAAUGUAGAAAAAUAAUAAAAGUGACACAAAAAUGAAAA